AUCUCUCUCUCUCUCUCUCUCUCUCUCUCCUCAUUCACUGGAGAAGCUCUGUAAUGAAUGGAAACCACAUCCUUCUCUAAGCCCUUCGCCUCCGCAAAAUCUAUUGUUUUCAUUCCAAGCAGAGCUCUAAUGGCGAUUCAGUCGUCUCCUCACAGCGUUCUGUCGUUGAGAACUUGCUCAUCACUUAGGAAUACCACUUCUAUUAACUUAUUAUAUUUCAGAAGAAGCUCUUCGGUCAAAGUCUUAUCUCUCUUGAACCUGGCAUGCUAUUCUACUUAUUCCAGUGACAAAUCUUGUUCCUCAUCAAAGCGAAGAUCUCGUGGACCUGUUAUGGCGGCAAAAAAAGCGUCUGAAGGGGCAAAGCAGGAAGAAGGAAGGUACAAGCAUACAGUUGAUCUGCCUAAGACAACAUUUGGCAUGAGGGCAAACUCUUCUGUAAGGGAGCCUGAGAUUCAGAAAUUAUGGGAUGAGAAUCAGGUGUUUAAGAGAGUUGCUGAUAGGAAUAAUAGGGGAACUUUUGUUCUUCAUGAUGGUCCCCCAUAUGCCAAUGGUGACUUACACAUGGGUCAUGCUCUAAAUAAGAUUUUGAAAGAUAUUAUUAAUCGCUAUAAGCUUCUUCAAAACUAUAAAGUACAUUAUGUGCCUGGUUGGGAUUGUCAUGGCCUACCAAUUGAGUUGAAAGUGUUGCAGUCAUUGGAUGAAGAUGCUAGAAGGGAGCUAACACCAUUGAAAUUGAGAGCGAAGGCAGCCAAGUUUUCAAAAGCCACUGUUAAGACACAGAUGGCAUCAUUUAAGCGAUACGGAGUAUGGGCAGACUGGGAUCAUCCUUACCUGACUCUCGAUCCAGAGUAUGAGGCUGCUCAGAUUGAGGUGUUUGGUGAGAUGGUCCUCCAAGGUUAUAUCUACAGAGGCAGAAAACCAGUCCACUGGAGUCCCUCAUCACGAACUGCUCUUGCAGAGGCCGAGUUGGAGUAUCCUGAGGGGCAUGUUUCAAAGAGCAUAUAUGCCACUUUCAGAUUAGUCAACCCACCUCCAACUUCAGGUGGUUUAUUGGCAGAAUUUUUUCCCAAUUUGUCCUUGGCUAUUUGGACAACAACUCCCUGGACUAUUCCAGCCAAUGCUGCUGUUGCAGUGAAUCCUAAGCUUCAAUAUGCCGUUGUUGAGGUGCAUCCACUCUUCGGAGAUGAUUCUGCAUCUCCUGGGGAUGGAAAGAAAAGGCUUGGCAAUGUUUUGAAGGGCAAGGAAAAGCCCUUCCUUAUCAUAGCAUCGGACCUUGUGUCAACAUUAGAAGCAAAAUGGAACACAAAGCUUGUUGUGAAGAAAACACUAAUGGGUUCAGAUCUUGAAAACUACAGGUAUAUUCAUCCAAUAGAAGAAUGCCCAGUUAUCAUUGGAGGAGACUACAUUACAACAGAGUCUGGAACUGGACUAGUCCAUACGGCUCCUGGUCAUGGUCAGGAAGAUUAUGUAACUGGCUUGAAGUAUGGUUUGCCCUUAUUUUCCCCUGUAGAUGAUGAUGGAAAGUUCACUGAAGAAGCUGGACAGUUUAGUGGGCUUGAUGUACUUGGGGAUGGUAAUGUUGCUGUUAUCAAAUACUUGGAUGAACAUGCAUCAAUUAUCAUGGUAGAACCAUACAAACACAAGUAUCCAUAUGAUUGGCGAACAAAGAAGCCUACAAUUUUUAGGGCAACUGAACAAUGGUUUGCGUCUGUGGAAGGAUUCAGGAAGGCUGCCAUGGAUGCAAUCAGCCAAGUAACAUGGAUUCCAUCUCAGGCAGAGAACAGAAUUUCUGCAAUGACUUCUAGCCGCUCUGAUUGGUGUAUUUCACGGCAAAGGACAUGGGGUGUUCCCAUUCCAGUCUUUUAUCAUGAGGAAACAAAGGAACCUCUCCUAAAUGAAGAGACUAUUAAUCAUAUCAAGUCUAUAAUUUCCCAAAAAGGUAGCGAUGCCUGGUGGUACAUGAAAGUGGAGGAGUUACUUCCUGAUGCAUAUCGUGAUAAAGCAUCAGAAUAUGAAAAAGGAACUGACACAAUGGAUGUUUGGUUUGACUCAGGAUCCUCUUGGGCCUCUGUUCUGGAGAAAAGAAGUGGGCUUAGUUUUCCUGCAGAUUUGUAUCUUGAAGGUACAGAUCAGCAUCGUGGGUGGUUCCAAAGUUCUUUACUAACAAGUAUUGCUACCAAAGGGAAGGCUCCAUAUUCCGGUGUGAUAACGCAUGGAUUUGUGCUGGAUGAGAGAGGUUUAAAGAUGAGCAAAUCUUUGGGUAAUGUUGUAGAUCCAAGUACUGUGAUUGAAGGAAGAAAAAACCCGGAAUCACCUUCCUAUGGAGCUGAUGUCCUCAGACUCUGGGUUUCAAGUGUAGAUUAUAGCGGAGAUGUGAUGAUUGGAUCUCAAGUCCUCCGUCAGAUGUCCGACAUAUAUAGGAAGCUGCGAGGAACAUUGAGAUUUCUUUUGGCAAAUCUUCAUGAUUGGGAGGCUGAUUAUGCUGUUCCUUGUAAUGAUCUUCCCAUGAUUGACCAGCAUGCUCUAUUUCAGCUUGAAAAUGUUGUAAAGAACAUCAAAGAGAGCUAUGAAAAUUAUCAGUUUUUCAAAAUAUUUCAGAUCAUUCAACGGUUUGCGAUUGUUGAUCUGUCAAAUUUCUACUUUGAUGCUGCCAAAGAUCGACUUUAUGUUGGGGGCUCAACAAGUUUUACAAGGAGAAGUUGUCAAACAGUUCUUGCAGCACAUCUGCUUUCCAUUGUGAGGGUAAUUGCUCCAAUUCUACCUCAUUUGGCCGAGGAUGUUUGGCAGCAUCUCCCUUUUCAGUACACCACCGAAGACGGUUCUAUUGCCCAAUUUGUUUUCGAGUCUAGAUGGCCAACGUUGAAUGAAAAAUGGCUUGCUUUCCCCAAGGAAGAAAUUGAUUUGUGGGAAAAUAUUCUCGAGCUGCGGACUGAGGUGAACAAAGUCUUGGAGGUUGCUCGUACUGAGAAGCUGAUUGGUUCCAGUUUAGAAGCAAAGGUCUAUCUUCACACCUCGGAUGACAGUCUGGCUACAAGAUUAAAUGAAAUGUGUGGGGCCAAAAACGAUGCAGACACAUUGCCUCGCAUACUCAUGACGUCUCAGGUACAGAUCCUGUCAUCCUCGGAGAAUGAACGGUUCGGGAACGUACCGUACAGCGGAGAAUACCUCAUUCAAGGAAAGAAGAGAGUUUGGGUAGGCGUGUCACGUGCAGAGGGCUCAAAAUGUGAAAGAUGCUGGAAUUAUUCUCAUCAAGUUGGUUCCUUUGCCGAGCAUCCCACCCUUUGCAGCCGCUGUUAUAAUGUUGUCCUCGCUAUUCAACCCCAACUUCCAAAUUUAGCCGCAGUAAGCUGAGACUUUGACAGUGAGUGAAGAAUACACUGCCAAAAGCUGACUGCGAAGAUGCUUUUCUCAAGUUCAAGUGAUUGCUCCUCCGUUAGGCUCCAUAUCAUACUUGAGAGCCACUUUUGAUACCAUUGAGUUCAAAGAUUUUCGUUUCUGAUUAGGGAUUUAUUUUCAUCAAAAAAGAAAAACAUACUUGGGUAUAUAGCAGAUGGUGAUGUAUUUGAAAAAGAUCGUGGUUAUGAACGAGCCAUCUUACAGAGAUUUAUUUAAUCAAAAAAUACAAAUAUAUAUAUAUACACUUCGAGUAAGUA